AAUAUUAUUGUUAUUUAUUUAUUUGAUUUAAAUAAAAUGCAACCAUUUAUUGUUAUACGCAAUUAUCACGAAGACGAUGAGCUCAAGUGCCAGGAAUUGGUCAGAGACUACAUUAUGUCAUUUUCAAAGAAAUCUUUUUUCGUUUUUUGUUUUCGAGAGAUUACAUUACAAUUUAUUGUCAUCACAUGGGCCUUAUUCUUCAUAUUUCUGGGUGUGCCAUUACUUUUUUGUGCCUUUACUGUGCCCGGAUGUUUUUUCUUCCUCUUCACAGGAACAUACUUUUCGUUCUAUGCCAAGGCGGUAGAGCUGAUGGCGAUGAAACCCUCACAAUCCCUGGUGGCCGAGUGCUAUGAGCCCUUUAUAUUUCGCUGUGAUCCCAAUGAAGCUAGCUAUCAGAUAUUUAUUGAAAACUGUCCAUAUGAGGAGGCCUACAUGAAUAAAUUCCGUCGACGUAUAGUGGCAACGAUAAGCGUUAAGAAUCAUCAUGCCAUGUAUAAUGCCGCCUGGAUAUAUCGCUUCGCCUUGGCCCCAAACUAUCCGCAUGAAAAGAUAAUGGGUCCAAUGCUCGGACUGGUUGUGAAAAAUUGUCUUAAUGGCGGCUAUGCCACACUGGAGUGCACCAUUUCCGAGUGGCAAGAGAAUGAACGUGAUUUCUAUGAUAAUAUGGGCUUUGCCACACGUCAGAUCUAUCAUAAGCAAAUCAUUGGUAGCACUGUGACUGUGAUGAAGACACAAAUGACAUACAGUCUGCGUUCAAACGAGGCUCUCUCUAAGCAAAACUAAUGCAAUCUCAAGAAGCAAGAAAAAGUAAAACUGUGACAACUAGCUCAAUAUAUUUACACAUAUAUAAAAUAUAUAUUUAAAAAAUACACAAGAAAUCAAUCUCUACAUUCCACACAACAAAACACUCUUACUAUUAUAUAGUAGACCAUUCUAAAUCGAUUAAUGUCGAAUUUUUUUUGUUUAGAAACUUGUUAGACAUUGCUUUAAUCCAUGUGGAUAUUUAUUCAUCUUUAUUAUUCUUUGACAUAUUCUAUUUAAAUAAAUAAAUAAAAUAUAUUUAGUAAUAAAUAAAAUUUGCGUAA